UUGCACCCACACGUGGGGGAAGUGCCGCAGCCCCGACCAGCAGAGGGUUUUUUCUUCUCGUGGCAAUGCUUUGGGCAAUGCCAGCGUGCCCCGGUGGGUGACAGGGUGCUGGGACACGAUGCUGGGAGCGAUCAAUUCUGUGGGCUGUGGGUGGCAUGUACCGGUGUUUGGCCACCUCGCUGCUUGGCCGAGGGGUCCCUCGCCCCCGAUUCAUCCCCACUGCCCUCCGUGCAGGGGCAGGGGGCUGCAGCAGGUGGGAAGAGGAGAAGACAAAUGAUGGGGUGAAGUGGAAACAGCUGGAGCACAAAGGACCCUACUUUGUCCCCCUCUAUGAGCCUCUGCCUGAUGAUGUGCAAUUUUAUUACGAUGGUAAACCCCUGAAGCUGAGCCUGGCCACAGAGGAAAUAGCCACUUUCUAUGCAAAAAUGCUUGAUCACGAAUACACGACUAAAGAGAUCUUCCAGAACAACUUUUUUAAUGACUGGAGGAAGGAGAUGACCCCUCAGGAGCAAGAGGUAAUCAAGCAGUUGGACAAGUGUGACUUUAGAGAGAUUCACAAAUACUUUGUGGACAAAAAUGAGGCACGGAAAGCACUCUCCAAAGAGGAGAAGCAGAAACUGAAGGAGGAGGCAGAUAAGAUCCAGGAGGAGUAUGGGUACUGCAUCCUUGAUGGGCACAGGGAGAAGAUAGGCAACUUCAAAACUGAGCCUCCGGGGCUGUUCCGUGGACGUGGUGACCACCCCAAAAUGGGCAUGCUGAAGAAGAGGAUUAUGCCAGAAGAUGUGAUCAUCAACUGUAGCAAGGACUCCAAGAUCCCUGAGCCACCACUGGGGCAUAAAUGGAAGGAGGUGCGCUUUGACAACACAGUCACCUGGCUUGCCUCAUGGACUGAAAACGUUCAGAACUCCUUAAAGUACAUCAUGCUGAACCCUAGCUCCAAGCUGAAGGGGGAAAAGGACUGGGAGAAGUUUGAGGUAGCCCGGAGACUAAAGGAUGUUGUCCACAAAAUCCGUGCUCAGUACCAGGCUGACUGGAAGUCCAAGGAGAUGAAGAAGCGACAAAGAGCAGUGGCCCUCUACUUCAUUGAUAAGCUGGCCCUGAGAGCUGGUAAUGAGAAAGAAGAAGGGGAGACUGCAGACACAGUUGGCUGCUGCUCCCUGCGUGUGGAACACAUCAAGCUGCACUCUAAGCUGGAUGGGCAGGAGCAUGUGGUGGAGUUUGACUUCCUUGGGAAAGACUCUAUCCGCUAUUACAACAAAGUGUCAGUGGAAAAGCCAGUGUUCAAAAACCUGCAGCUGUUCAUGAGGAACAAAAUCCCGGGUGAUGACCUCUUUGAUAGGCUCAAUACAGCCAUCUUGAACAAACACCUUCAGAAACUGAUGAAUGGCUUGACUGCCAAAGUGUUCAGGACCUACAAUGCUUCCAUCACCUUGCAGGAGCAGCUCAAGGCUCUCACUAACCCUGAAGACAGUGUUGCUGAAAAGCUCCUCUCCUACAACCGAGCAAACCGAGCUGUGGCCAUCCUGUGCAACCAUCAGAGAGCCACACCGAAAACAUUUGAGAAGUCAAUGCAAAAUCUGCAAACCAAGAUUGAUGCCAAGAAGGAACAGCUGGAAAAAGCCCAACAAGAGCUGGAAGAAGCUGAAGAUGAGUUUAAAGACAAAAAAGAUGCCAAAGCAGAGGCCAAUGUGCAAAAGAAAAAAAAGCUGUUGGAACGUCUGAAGGAGCAGCUGGCCAAGCUGAAUGUCCAGGCCACAGACAAGGAGGAGAACAAGCAGAUAGCUCUGGGCACAUCCAAGCUGAAUUACCUGGACCCCAGGAUUAGCAUAGCCUGGUGUAAGAAGUUUGGCGUGCCCAUUGAGAAGAUCUACAACAAGACACAGAGGGAGAAGUUUGCUUGGGCGAUCGACAUGACUGAUGAGGACUUUGAGUUCUGAGGAAGCACCUUUCCUGUUAGCCUCAUGCUCGCUUGGUGCUGUUUUGAUAAUUUCUUUACAUGCCGCUGCAGUUAUUACAGUGGUAGGAUGGUUAUCUAACAGAAGUUUGUAGGUGUUUCAUGCUGUUUUUUGUAUAAAAACUAGAAACCAAGUGUUAAAAGCAAACACCACUGACUUGUGACACUCAUUCUGAGUGCAACUUAAAUGUGAACUUUUAAUUCCUCUCUAGAGCUGCCAGGUGCUUUGAAUAUCUUCUUCCUUCCUCCUCCUCCAGAAUCUGGGAAGAAGAUUGAGAGCCUUAACAGUGCCAAUAAAUAAGAUGAUGUAGUUAUUCCCAUCUCCUCCUGGAGAAGUGCUUCACUUCUUAGAUGCUCUGAAUUAGCUUGAUGUGGAAAUGUGAGGCAAUGAUGUGCUGAAACAGGCAGCUGCAGUGUAAGACCUGGGCUUGGGUCAGGGGAUGCACUGGAGUAAAGGGAAAAUUCUCAGGGUAUUUUGUGCCAUUUCAUCUUUAGGAUUUGACAAAACUGCAAUUGCACAAACAUAAUCAAAAUGGAAACACUUUGUGGAAGGGAGCCAAUGUCUCUGAAGGAGCAGCUCCAUCCUUGAGAAGGAGGGAUGGGAAAGUGCUGGGUCAGAAAGUGGGUUUAAUGGUAGAAUGCUGAAAAUAAGGAGCAACAUAUACUCUACUCCACCCCUACGUGAUCAAACCUUUCUGUGGGAGGAGGUCUCAUAUUGGUCCAGAAAUAAGCUCUCCAGCCACUGAAUGCACCUUAGGAAAGGAUAAUGCUGGCUGUGAAGUUACGGUGGGGUGCGGAUGUACUGGGGAAUGGUACCAGUCAGCAGUCUGCAUCCUUCCAAUGGACAUGGAGAAGGCAGAGACCAAUUGCAUACAGUGCUGGUGCUUGCUCAGUUGGCUGCUUUUCGGAGGAAGAAAAUAGUUGAUGUUUGCAUGUACAUCCAACAGCCUAGGUGUCAGUGGACCUCAGGGGUAAGCAAGCUGUUGGGUCAACAGCAGAACCUUCUUGCAUCUCAGUGCUGAUGUUAAGGCUGCUGUAGUUGGUGCAUACCAUAAAUUUGUUUACAGCCACUUGUUCUUGUGUUUAAAUUGCUAUUUCAAUUGGAAGCUAUUACAACUGGAAGUGAUUUUUUCAUGAAUGAGUGAUUGGAAGCCAGAGGCUUUUUUGCUGCUCAGACUGGACGUGGUUCUGCUGAGAGCUGAUGCUCCAGCUCUCUGCUUGGGCUCUAUAAUGGGUGUGCAUAUGUGCUCAGUUGCUGGCAGAAACUGAUAUGAAAUCUUUUGCCUUCAAGCAAAGAACCUUCUUGCAGAUCUCAAACCAUUUGUGGUUGGUUCCUAAGGGCCUCUGUGCCUCAGGAAUGAGGAGAAAUGCAUGAGUGAACCCAAUGCAGUUUUAUUGCUGUACUGUUGUGGGGUUAUGUGUGCAACAGUGCUCCAUGACUUAGCUGAGAUGUAACAAUACUGUCACUCCAAGCCAUGGGAGCUUAUACAGGAUUUAAGUGAGGCAACUGAAUCCUAAAACAGGGAUCUGGUGGCAAAAGUGAGAGGGGCUUUAUUUUCCUGGCAAAGCUGGACCAGCUAUCAGUGAAGCUGCCGAGCCUGCUUUGACCCUUAUGUUGGAUUUGUACCUGCAAACGCAAGAGACCCAGUUGGAUCCAAUGCAUUGAGAUAUUUACCUGCUACAAAUGUUUUCUGGCUUUAAAAAGCUUUUUUUUUUUAAAGACUUAUCAAAGGCUUCUUCCACCCCAAAUAAGGGGUUAAUUCUAGAGAAACCCCUUGAGGUGAAAAAAAUUCUAUUGCAGAAUAAAGGAACAAGAUGCAAAUGGAUAAGUACAGUGAAUGUUUCUCACAAGAAACUGUUUUAGUAAGAGCAGCUGGACGUGGGCUUCUUGGUCAUGCUCAGAUGCUUUGGAAAUCAGGGCUGCAAAGAGCUGCCAGUGUCAGCGAAAUAGUUACUGGUUAUUAUGUAGGAGCUUAAAUAAAGCAUCUACAUUUUUCCCAGGAGGGUGUUAACCCACACCGUGUUGCAUUUACAUGUAUGACUUGACCAGUUCUGUCAGAAAAGCUCAGUUGGAAAAAAAAAAAGAUUGGAGAUUCAUUGGAGCAAAAGCAAGGUGGGGAGGUUGUGUGUUUGGCCAAGUAUCAACUACUGGGUUGAGCAAUGCAAUACCUUGGAACCAGCUGAGCUUUAAGGAGAGACGGACACUCCUCAGCCUUGUCACCUCUUGGCCCAUGGCCAUAACCAAGUGACCCAGAGGUUGGGGAAGAUGGGUUUCAUAGAAUCAUAGAAUGGCUUGGGUUGGAAGGGGCCUCAAAGAUCAAGUUCCAGCCCCCUGCUGUGGGCAGGGUUGCCAUCCACUAGGUCAUAUUGCCCAUAGCCCCACCCAACCUGGCUGUGAAUACCUGUAGGGAUGGGGCAUCCACAGCUCCUCCAGGCAGCCUGUGCCAACACCUCACCACCCUUUCAGUGAAAAGUUUCCCUCUGACAUGAUUUCUCAUCACUGACAUCACAGUGGCACAGUACAGCGAUCUGGCCUAAUUUCCAUUUUACAAGGGAUUUUUCCACUGGUCCUGUGGAGCAGGAAUGUGCCUCCAUCACAGACACCUAUAAGAGCAGGACCUUUCUCUUACAGUCAACAUUUUGGGGUUAUUGAGUAACUCAUGCUCAGCUGAACCUUAUCUCCGUUGGCCCUUCCAGGGGUACUUUCAAUUCAGUUUUUCCAAGUUGACUUUUCUGUAGGCACCUAAAAGCCUGGAGCUGAUGACUAAGAUGUUUGGUAGCCCAAAGGAAAAAUACUAGCUGAUACCUUCAUUUUUCCUCAUAAUCACAUUUUUUUUCCUCCACUCUUUCUUAAAAAAAAAAAAAAAGUGGGGAGGAAGAUGAUCUGGUUUUCAGCAAAACCAGAAAUGGUAUUCUCCCAUGUAACUUUCUGGGUUGCUAAUGUGCAUUUCACAAAAGCCUGCUGUUCAUAUUGGUUGGGAGGAGACCUCAAGGCAAAUUUACCAGGAACAAUGCUGCCUGCUCAUGUUGAUACAGGGACAAGCUUAAGGCUGCUUUUGUUUCAUAAUAUAAAAGCCUUUUGGUGGCCAGAGAGCAUUGCUGCAUGCAGGCUUGGUAUGUCCCAUACUGUGUGAUGCUAAAGGACAGUACUGAUGCUGUAGCUGCUCACUGAAAUUUAACCUAUGGGAAGAGGCAGUAAGAGUUCCUCUUGACUUAUGUUGGCAUCCACCUCUUCCAGAAAUGCUGAGGAUGGGAGGGUCUCUGAGGGCUCUAGUACCAUCUCCUGUUCAACCAGGGCAAGCUUUAUUUGAGUUGCUCUAAACCUUCUCCAGCAAGGGAGAUCUCUUUCUACCAUUUCCCCAUGUGCUUAAACAUUGCUGUGUCUAAGGUUUUGGUUUGUUUUCCUCCUUAUGUCUGGUUGGAAUUUUCCUUUUUUCAAGUUUCCUUGAACUUUGGCAGGUCUAGGGUCAUUACCACUGCCAUGGGGGCCUGUUCCAUGCCUGCCACCUUCUGGUGAAUAAUCUUUUCCUAAUAUGCAGCCUGACCCUUCCCUGAUGCAGAUCCAUGCUAUUCCUUGCGCAGCUGGAGGCUCUAAUGGGGCUGAUUUUGGGGUAGAUGCAGAGCCAGGCAUUGGACUCGAUGAUCCUUAUGAGUCCCUUCCAUCGUGGGCUAUUCUUUGAUCCUAUUCUAUGAUUCUGCAUCAGUAGCCUGAAGAGAUAGGAACAGAAAGCCAAUGUGUUGACACCCUUUGCAGCAAUUGGUCCUAGCUGCUGCUUAUCAGCAACCUUCCCACAUCAUGCUUUCUCCUGGGGAUGAGUCAACCUCUUGAGGCACAGCCAGCAGAUUAUUGAUGCUCAUUGACAAAAGCCAUUUAUCAGCCUUCCAUUCAUUUCCUGGAGCUGUUUCCUGCUUUCUGUUGGGGCUGGCAGCAGGGUGGGUAGUGUUGAGUUGAGAAGGGACCUGGUAUGUGAUUUGAGAAGGGCAGCCAUAGAUUUGUUUGAGUUGGAAGGGACCUUUAAAGGUCAUCUAGCCCAACUCCCCUGCAGUGAACAGGGACACACACAAUUAAAUCAGGUUGCUCAGAGCCCUGUUCAGCCUGACCUUGAAUGUCCUCAGUGACCAAGCCUCCAUCAAAAGCUCCUUUCAUCUGCUUAUUGAUGUGGUCUUUGCUGACCUGUAGGUUCUCCAGACAGAGAACCUUUGGGCUGAUUCAUCGUAAUCGGUGCAGAGAAGGAAGUGGUGUGAUCAGGGCUCCUUAGUGAGGAGCAUUUUCUGUUGAACUGCUUCUUACACUGUGUCUGCUCCCCGGUGAGCAAUCGGAUUAAGGAGAAAACAAAACAGCUGUAGGCUGGCAGAUGAGUGAGAGGUGAGAAACCCCUGCAGGGAUGUGAGGAAGAGAAACAUGGAGGGUUGCUAGAGGGUUUUUCUCUUUCCCCCACCUUCUUCCCAUGAGGCCUGGUAUUGCAAAACUGGAGGAAAAAAAAAAAAGAGGGGAAAAAUGGAACAGAAACUUUAAAGGAGAAUAUUUUUGUUGGUGCAAUACGAAACUAUUUAAGUGAGACUAUCGCUGCUGGGCUUCAAACCUUCUCCCUCAGAAUGCAAUAAAUGAAAUACAUUCUUUUCCAGCC